GUUCAUUUUGCUGUCGAAAGUGUCGAAACAAAGUCGGAUCGAAUAGCAUCAAAAAUUUUCAUUAAAAGGUGGAAAAUAGACGAAAAAUUUUGAUUGGGAGUCAAAAACAACUUAUUUGCGAUCACACGGCGAGGCGAAGAAUGGAUAUGGACACGAGCAGGACAUUAACGAAAGUCCUUGGCAAAAGAGACAUAGACAAAAUUCCACCGGAUGUUUUGAAAAAAUUGGAAAAAUAUUUUGAAACCAACAACGAGCAAUUCAUACAGACCAAAGUUCUGUACAACACGACACAGAAAAACAUAGAAAAAUUGCGCAAAGAAUACGAGAAACUGCUCUCAACCACACAAGACACAACAGCCAAAAAAGAUGCUGCCCAGUCAAAUGUUACCGAACUGCGUCAUCAACUUGACACGGCUAAUGCCGAAGUUGCUCGCCUCACCAGACAAGUGGCUAGCCAAGAAUCGGAAACAACUGGCUACCGCAAAGAGUGCAAUCAGCUCAUCGACGAAAAAGACCAGCUAAUGAAAGUCGCUGACGGUAAAGACGCCACAAUCAACCAUUUACAAUCCGAUCUGAAAGCAUUGAAAGCUGAACUGAAGUCGGCCGUGUCCGAGAAAAACGAUGCCAUAACUCGUUUCGCUGAAAUGGCAGCUAAGGAACAGUCAAUGGACGAUCGAGAAAAACGAUUGGAAAAGGAGAUCGAGCGGCUGAGUAACGAGGUUGUCAAAUGGACCGAUAAGUACACCAAAAUCGUGGCUGAACUAACGGUGGCAAAUCAAGACAAAACGUCGGUCACUGUCCAAAUGGAAAUGGACUUACGACAAAAGACGGAGGAAUUGAGUGCCGCCAAUUUCACGAUUCGUCAGCUGACCGAAUCGACUCAAUUGUCAACGAGUCAACGUGACGGUGAGUCGGUGCAACUGAAGAUCCAAUUGAAUGAAUCGGUCGCAUUGAUUGAACACUACAAACGCGAAUUGGAUGCGAAAAUCAAAUUGGUCGACUUGUACAAGGCUAAUUUCGAUGAGUGUCAGGCUCAGACAAAUGAACUCAGAGCUGAGGCGAACAGCUUGAACCAAACUGUUAAAGAAACCACGGAAAAAUGCGGGACACUCGAGUCCAAUCUCAAGAAUUUAACCGACCAACAUCAAGUGGAACUGUCAGAAAUGAAUGUGACGAUUGAGAAAUUGAAAGACGAACUUAACGCAGCUGGCGAACGUUUGAAAGCCGCUGAGACUGAACGUGCCGAGAAAGUUUUGGAAAAACUGUUUCCCAGAGCUGCCACUUCGAAUCGUAUGCUAAAGGACAAUGCCAGUCUGACCGAAAUGUUCAGCCGGUACAAUGAUUCCGUUAGCGACGUACAUCGCUUGGAGGUGGAAUGUCUUCAGUUGAACACAAAACUGGAAUGCUUGACGAUGAAGCUCCAAGAAACCACGUCCGAAUUCGACCGGCAACAGAUCGAAUACAGGAAAAUUCUGAAGCGAAACGACGAGAUCACCGAGCAAGUGGUUGCGGCUGUGGCGGAACAGGAUAGUCUUCGCGAAAAACUGAAGGAAAAUUCUCAAAGAUUGGCUAAUGCGGAGAGCGAAAACGUCCAGCUGAAAUGUACCCAGAAGGAUCUCGCUCGUCAAAUCUGCAAUCUGUUGAAUAAAGUGGAGGCGAGCGGUAGCGAACCGUCAUCCGAUCAGCUGCAGUUCAAACGGUUGGGUUUGUCCAGUGAAACAAUCAGGAAGGAGCUGAUCACGUUCGAUAAUAUCGUUGAACUGCAAGAGAACAACCAGAAGUUGAUGUUAAAGAUUCGUGAACUGAGCAGCAGAGUUGCCAAACUGGAAGAGCAAAACAUCAAGUUGCAGUCCUGCGAGCAAAAGAUUUCCUACCUGGAAAGGCAAGUGAAUGACGCGGAAGCGGCUCGUCUGGCUAAUGAAGAUUUUCUUGCGAUGACCACGAAGCAGAAAGAGAGAUUCAAGCAGCUGUACUACGAAGCCAUGAAAUAUAUGGGCAAGCAAACAUUGACGGAGGAGGAGGCAGUGGCCAAUGCACCGUUGAGUAGUUCACAAUCAACAACAAGUCAUUCGACACCUGACAGAAAAGACAAGAGACUCUUGGAUGUGGAACUUAAGUUGCAAGAGCGGAUGAAAGAGUUAAAAGUUUUGAAGGAAGAGCACAACGAGUAUCGCAAACAAUCAACCAUCAACUUCGAUAUGUUGAAGCAACAGUGCGAAAGUGUGGAGCGCAAAGUGAGUGAACUCAUAUCGGAGAACAGUAAGCUUCGGUCGCAGGAAAGUUUCGCCAGCGAGCAAAUGAAAUCUCACCGGAAUGACAUAGCCAUCUACAAGAAACAGAUUCAAGUGUUGGAGGAACGUAACCAGAUCUACGACAAAACCAUAGCCAAACAAGAAUUGGCUAACAAGCAACUGAAGGAGGAUGCCUGGAAUACAAUAAUGCAACUGUCCACAGCCGAAAAUCGAUGCGGCUACUUGGAAAUGGAGUGUCGCCGUCUCACCGAGGCAAAGAAAAAUCUUGAAAUUGAAAACGGUGCACUGCACCGUCAAAAGAUGACCCAGAGCAUACUGGAGAGUACUUGUGAGUUAGCUAAGAUCUCUUCGGAACGGUCUGACUUCGAGGGUCGCAUACAAAUGGAAAAGCAACUGGAGGAUCAAGUGCGUCAGUGUGAGGUGCUCAAACGUAAACUGGAAGAAGAACAGCAUCGAUUCACUGAAGAGAAUGAGUCAUUGAAGAGGCAACGAGAAAACGCGAUCAAAAAGUUGUCUGACGAGCAGGCCCAAACCGAAAAUCUUCGAACAAAAUUGUCCGAAACGAGAGACCAAGUUGAGGCGAAAACACAGCAAAUCCGAAACUUGAGCGAAAAGUUGCAAGAGGCAUUGACUCCAUGCAAAUCGGAUAAUCCGAUAGCGAAAGGAAAUAAAAAGAUCAAAGACCUGGAGCUGCAAGUCAAAGCCAAGGCUGCCGAAAUCGGUCAACUCAAGUUGGAACUGCAGGAGUGUGAGGCAAAGAUGCAAUCAUUUGCCAAGUUUAAAUCAGAUUGGGAAGACGAAACGAAGGCGUUGAAAGAGAAUUACGAGGCAUGGAAAACCACUUUCAAUGCGGAAUUGCAUGCGUCACGCCUCAACGAAACAAAUCUUAUGUCGCAAGUCGAUGAACUCCAACAAGAAAUUCGGCUCCAAUUAACCAGUUCCAAUUCGAAGGCUUCGACUGCUUUGACUCAGGGUAAGAUUCAAGCAGAGUAUCAGGAAGCCCUUCAAAAGAUCACCGAGAACAACAAAGAGUUACGCGAACUGCGCACACAGUGUCAUAAGUUGAAGGAGAAUUUGCAGGUGGUCGAACGAAAUUAUGCUAACGAAAUGUUGGCCCACUCGUCCGACCUUCAAGAUCUCACUUUACGCAAGGAUCAACUGAACAAAUGCCAAGACGAAAUGUAUCAGCUGAAGACCGCUAAAGAGGAAGCCGAUGAGUUGAUACGGAAGAGCCAAUUGGAAUGGGAAGAAACCAGCAAAAAGUUGAUCGACGGUCGACAAGAGCUGGAGCAUAAAGUGGAAAUGUUGGAGAAACAGAACUUGGAGUUGGUCGAUCUGCUGCAAGCUCAAAACAGUAAAGUUUUACCUUCGAGCAGCGACACAUUAAAUGAGUCCGUUGCUAACAGCUCGAUCAUGAAUCGAACAUUGACCGACGAGGAAUUCAAAGAAUUUUCAUAUGAGAAGCUCUUCGGAGUCGUUAAGUAUUUGCGACGAGAGAAAGACAUAGCGACCACACACACGGAAAUUCUUCGCAUCGAAAACACCCGCCAACUGGCUGAAUUAGACUUGCAGACGAAACGAAUCAGUGAGUUGGAUGCCGAAUUGACUUCCAUCAAAUCAGCGAUCAAUGCACCCGAUGCCAUAUCGCCGAUCACAAACUAUGAAGAUCUGCGCCGCACCAUGGAAACGUUGAAUGCGGUCACUGACACCAACAUUCAUUUGCGUGAAGAAAAGCUGCAGUUGGACAACAGAAUUCGAGAACUGGUUGAAAAAGUGGAGACACUUCAGGGCGAAAUGUUGGCAAUGCAGGAGAAGAACCGAGAAAUGGUGGAGAAAAAUGAAGAGAAAAUUAAGGAAAACAACAUGCUGCGCUCGAACAUUGAUAAAUUGAGGCAGAAAAUUACCGACGUCGCCGAACGAAGCAAUAAAAAUCCGGAAGAUUUUAAGCGUCUGCAAAAUGAACGAGAGAAUCUGGCGAAAAUGUUCACCGCCGAAAAGGAUAACCUAAGAAUAGUGAACGAACAGUUGAAUUCGAUUAAAACCGAGAAGAAUCGUAUCGAACAAGACAGUGCUGUGAGAGCUAAACAGCUGCAGGCUGUCAGUGACGACAGGAAGAAAUUGCAAGAUGAACUCAACAAUUUCAAGCAAAUAAAUGUGCGGCUGACCGUUGAAUCAAUUGAAAUCAAGGCGAACAUCUUGAAGAAAGAGGAGGAAUUGAAGGCCAUUCAAACGGAAUUGACGUCGACGGAAGAUCAACUGAAAGAUUCCCGUAGCAAGGAAAUGCAACUCCGGAAAAUUGCGAAAAAAUACAGGGAGGCCUACACUGAGCUGAAAACGAAGGACGAUGAAGCCAAAACAUCGGGCGAACCAGCGGCUGGACCUUCAACCGCACGCGUUGACACCGAAUCAUCGGUGCAAGAACUGUCGAAUCGAUUGACUUUGCUGCAAGAAGAAAUCAAUGAACUCAAGAAGGAAAACGAAAGUCUGCGAAAACAGGACGAGAAUCAAAUCAUAACGGAUGCCAGAAAUCGAAUUGCUGCACUGAAUGAGGCGCAUCGACAGAUUGGUCGAGAUUAUCAGGUCUGUAAAAGUCAAUUGCAGUCAUGCGAACAGAGUCGAUCUCAACACGAUUCAGUAGUUGCGGCAUUGAAGAAUCAAUUGGAAGCCAAAAUGAAAGAAUUGUUGGAUCAGGAAGCUGCGAGACAAGAAACCAUUGCUCGUCUAACACGAGAAAAUGAAACGCUCAACACCCGAGUCAAUCAGUUACAUCGUCAAUUCCAGCAACAGGGCUCCAAACCAUCCACAAGUUCGGGAAGUAUUGAGAAGAGUCCAUCUGAUGCAGCGAGAACAGCCAACGUGAAACCGAUGGCGACUCCAAGUACUCAAUCAGCGCCCGUUAAUUUAAGACGUGGUGGCGAUACACCAUUGGCUAGUAUCCGACCAGUGUCUGUGCAAAAUAGUCGUAUUGCUGCUGUUCUUCCCACCAGUCAAACCAGCAACGUUGCAGCUGUUCAGGGUUCGUCGUCAUCGGCUGGAAAUGUGACCACAGCUCUAGUUCCACCACAACAACAAGUUCACACAACCGGUAACACAUCAACAGCUGAGGCAAUGUCCUCUUCGCCCACAAGCUCACAUACCGAUUACAUGCCAGCUACAAGUUCAGCUACAGUUGUUGUUGCCGCUGUUCCACCGAUGGGAUCAGCUUCGGCUGAAAGUACACAAGAGGCUGAGAGUUUGUCGGUGAACACAAACGAAUCAUCAUCAUCGUCGUCUAGCUCGUCGCAAGCAGUUCUACAACAGCAAACUGUUGCACUGGUAUCGCCACGAGUCGAAGUCGUUCCACAAAAUGUUUUGGUUCCGUCUCAGCAAGUGGUUGAUCAAGCAGCUAGCACAUCUGGUUCGUCCAGUUCAUCAUUUAUAACAGCAAUGAGCAGUCACCACCAAGCUUCAUCCAGUAAUACUGUCACUACUUCGCAAGCAGGCCAUAAACGUCCUCGCGAUGCUGAUGGCGAUAGUUCGACGGGAGUUGAAGAGUCUUCUGCGUCUGAAAAGAAUUCACCGCAAAAUAAGCGCACUCGUGUCGGCGAACAAACAUUCCAAGGUGUGACUGAGUCCGGUUUGGACGUGGAAUAUCAAGUUCCAACUUCUUCACAGCGUGACCAAGAGGACGACGUAGUAGCGGUAGAUAGUGAGGAUGACGACGAAGAGAAUAUGGAUCAUGAAGCAGUGGCUGACGUGGACGAAAAUUUUGACGCUGAUAACGGCGACACGGAUGAAAUCGAAUCGUUUGGCCAAGAUGAAGGUGAAGGCAUUGAUAUCGACGAAGAUGUUGCUCCGAAUGACAGCAACGAAGUGGAUGUCGACGAUAGCAGCAAUGCACCGAAUCAAUCUUCCAGUGGAUUAGCAGCAUCAUCUGAGGCGCGAGGUACUCCAGCCGAAGUGAUUGUAUUGUCAGCGUCAGGACAAGAAAAUCAACAAAUCCAAACGAUUAGCAGCGGAAGUGAUGCCGGCUCUUCGAGUCAAGCGAAUCUUUGGCGACAAGUACAAACCCCGUCGAGACAGCAGCAACAACAACAAAACUUGGUUAUCCAACAGACGUACGAGACGGAUGACAGUAUCGUACCCAGUACGCCAACUUUAUACGUAGCUCGUAGAGCUGACGGUUUUAGUGAGGCUAUUAGUUCGCCUCAUCCUACUGUUCAACAUGGCUCUCGUUUCACAUUUGGUGAAUCCGGUCGUGCAGCUCAAUUGAUGAAUGCUGUUGAGGGCAUGGACGACACGCGUGUGGAAUUGAAUUUGUUGGAAGGAUCUGGCGAUGGCGGUCAGAGCAGCUCAUCAGCACUUGACGUUCAACAAGGGGAAAAUGUCGAUUUGGUGACUGAUCCUGACGGUGCCAACAAUCAAGCAAAUGAACCAGUCGCCGGUCCGAGUAGCCAAGCUCAUGGAUCUCAAAUUCCAGUUGCUAAGAAGAAACGCAAGACUGAUGACGAUGCGACUACGACAAAUGUCGUUCAAAAUGUGCUUGAAGUUGAAGUGGCAUCAGCCGAGGGCGGAAGUGAUGGAGUUUCGUCGGAGGGAGAAAAGGCUCCAGUGGCGGAGAGAGUUCAGGUUGAAGAAGAUCGCGAAGCUGAAGCAUCGGUUUUGCCACGAAAUACACGAUCCCGACGUGUGUAUCAGCGUGGCCGCGGAAUGUCUAUCGACAAUCAACGUUCCAAUCAGAUGAUCUGGCAUCAAGCCGACAAUAAUUACGGGAGAUAUCAUCCAAUGCCACCACAUCAUCAGCAACAACAGCAUGGAAAUCCGCAUCGAGGAUCACCAACGCGAGGUGGACCGUUAACACGCGGUGGACGUGGUAGGCCUCCGAGGCGACCGUAUCGUUUUUGUUGCAGAAAAAUGGAAACUACAAAAAGUUUACUAAUGCUGCUCGGUCGCAGCAACUACGACAAAAUUCCCGAAAGUAUUGCAAAACGACUGGAAAAGGUGCUCGAGGAGGCAAAUAACAAAGUGUCCGAUCUGAAAAAUCGUUUCAAUGGAUCACAGAAAACUAUCGAAAAACUUCGAAAAGAUCUGCAGACAUCGAGCACCGAAAAAGGAAAUUUGGAAAAAUUACUUUCAACCUCUGAAUCCAGUGUAACCGAACUGCGCCAGCAAUUAAACACGUCCAAUGCGGAAACAAGACUACUCACAGAGCGAAUGCAAGCCGAAGAGAAUCGAAACGAAGAAUUGCGCCGGAAGCGUGAUGAUCUGGUCGACGAGAACAAUCAGUUGAAGGACAUCUGUGGCAGAAAGGAUGCCGUAAUCAGUCAAUUACGAUCGGACCAGGCGAGUUGCAGACAACAAUUCGAGACCGAAAUGUUUGAAAAUGAUGAGGGCAAGAAAAGCAUAGCCGAAAUGCAGGAGCAAGAACAGUUGCGGCUCAACAAUGAAGAGAAAUUAAAAACGCAGAUCGAUCAGCUCAAAAAGGAAGUCGGUAAAUUGACCGAUAAGUGCAACGAACAGGCAGCGGAACUGGCGUUAGCAAAUCAAUACGUAACUUCUGUAACUGCCCAAUUGUCAUAUGACCUAAGAGAAAAGACAGAGGAAUUGCGUGCCGCUAAUUUCAUGAUUCGUCAGUUGACCGAAUCGACCCAAUUGUCAACGAGUCAACCUGACGGUGAGUCGGUGCAACUGAAGGCUCAAUUGAAUGAAUCGGCUGCAUUGAUUGAACACUACAAAUGCGAAUUGGAUGCAAAAAUCAAAUUGGUCGACUUGCACAAGGCUAAUUUCGAUGAGUGUCAGGUUCAAAAUGCAUCGGCAACGACCCGCUUAAACCAAGCUCUGAAACAAACAAUAGAGAAAUUCGAGAUGCUCGAGACCCAUCUCAAGGAUUUAACAGAACACCAUCAAGUGGAACUGUCAGAAAUGAGUGCGACGAUUGAGAAAUUGAACGACGAACUUAAAACGGCUGGUGAGACUUUGAAAGCCGUUGAGACUGAACGCGCCGAGAAUGUGCUGGAGAAACUGUUUCCCAGAGCUGCGACUUCGAAUCGUAUGCUGACGAAAAACGCCACUCUUACGGAAAUUUUCAGCCGUUAUCAUGACUCGCUCGAUGAAGUUCAUCGUUUAGAAGUGGAAUGUCUGCACAACAACACAAAAAUGGAAUGUUUGACGAUCGAACUCCAGGAGAUCACGUCAGAAUUUGAGCGACAACAGAUUGAGCUCAGAAAAAUUCUGAAGCAAAACGAAGAGAUCACCGAGCAAGUGGUUGCAGCUGUGGCAGAACAGGAAAGUCUUCGCGAAAAACUGAAGGAAAACUCUCAAAGAUUGGCUGAUGCUGAGAGCGAAAAUGUCCAGCUGAAAUGUACCCAGAAGGAUCUCGCUCGUCAAAUCUGCAAUCUCUUGAAUAAAGUGGAAACGAGUGACAACGAACCGACAUCCGAUCAGCUACAGUUCGAAAGGUUGGGUUUGUCCAGUGAAGCAAUCAGGAAGGAGCUGAUCACGUUCGACAAUAUCGUUGAACUGCAAGAGAACAACCAGAAGUUGAUGUUAAAGAUCCGAGAACUGAGCAGAAGAAUUGCCAAACUGGAAGACCAAAACAUCAAAUUGCAGACUUGCGAGAAAAAGAUUUCCUACCUGGAAAGGCAAGUGAAUGACGCGGAAACAGCCUGUUUGGCUAACGAAAAUCUUCUUGCAAUGACCACAAAGCAGAAAGAGAGAUUCAAGCAACUGUACUUCGAAGCCAUGCAUUGCAUGGGCAAGCAAACGUUGUCGGAGGAGGAGAUGAUGGACUAUAUACCGUUGAGUAGUUCACAAUCAGCAACAGGUCAUUCGACAGCUGACAAGAAACUCUUGGAUGUAGAACUCAAACUGCAAGAGAAGGUGAAAGAGUUAAAAGUGUUUAAGGAAGAGCACAACGAGUAUCAUAAACAAGCAACUAUCAACUUCGAAAUGUUGAAGCAAGAGUGCGAAAGUGUGGAGCAAAAGGUGAGUGAACUCAUAUCGGAGAACAGUAGACUUCGAUCGCAGGAAAAUUUCGCCAGCGAGCAAGUGGUAUCUCUCCGGAAUGACAUUUCCAUGUACAAGAAACAGAUCCAGGCUUUGGAGGAACGUAACCAGAUCUACGACAAAACGAUUGCCAAACACGAAGUGGCUAACAACAAGUUGAGACAGGGAUACUGGAAUACCAUCAUGCAAAUAUCAAAAACCGAAAGUCGAUGCGGCUACCUGGAAAUGGAGUGUCGCCGCCUCACCGAGGCCAAUAAAAAUCUCGAUAUUGAGAACAGUGUAUUCCACCGUCAAAAGAUGACCCAGAGCAUACUGGAGAGCAGUCGCGAGCUGGCCAAGAUUUCUUCGGAACGGUCUGACUUCGAGGGCCGUAUACAAAUGGAAAGGCGAUUGGAUUCCCAAACGCGCCAAUGUGAAGCGUUGAAACGGAAGCUGGACGAAGAGCAGAUACGAUUCAAGGAAGAAAAUGAGUCACUAAAGCGACAGCGGGAUACCGCAAUCAAUAAGUUGUCGGAUGAGCAAGCGACUGCUGAAAGUCUACGAACCAAAUUGUUCGAGACAAGAGGGCAAGUCGAAGGAAAAGACCAACAGAAUCAAAGUCUGAGCGAAAAAUUGCAGGAAGCUUUAGCCACGGGCAGUUCAGCCGCUUGCCUUUCGAAGAAGGCUAGAAGCUCCAAGGAUUUGCAGAUUGAACUGAACAAUAAGCACGCCGAGAUCGAGAGACUAAAUUUGGAAAUUCAAGAGUUUGCGUCAAAAACGAAAUUGUUUGACCGGCUCAAGUCGAAUUGGGAAGCGGAAAAGAAUGGGCUCAAAAGUGAUUUGGAUGCGUGUAGACUCGGCGAAAGCAAUUCAAAGGCGCACAUCAAUGAACUUCAGUGUGAAAUUCGAGUUCUUACAUCGAAGAACUCAAGUGUCGAGUUGGAAAACAUGAAAACAGAAAAUAAGAAAGCCGCAGAGAAGGUCGCCGAAAACAACAAAGAAUUACAUGAGCUACGCCGGCAAUAUCACCAAUUAAAGGAAAAUUUGCAAAUUGUCGAAACGAAUUACGCUGACGUACUCUCCGCACGUUCCGUGGAUCUUAAGAGUGUAACUUCUCUGAGAACCGAAUUGAAUGGUUGUCAAGAUCAAAUCCAACAACUGAAAUUGGCUAAAGUGGAAGCCGAUGAAUCGAAGAAAAAGGCCCAGAUGGAAUGGGAAGCGACCAGCAAACAGUUGAUCGCCGAUCGACGUGAGUUGGAACGCAAAGUGGAAAUGUUGGAGAAACAAACUUUAGAGCUGGUAGAUCUGCUGCAAGCUCAAAAUAUGAAACCGGCAAAACCUGCAAGCGACGACCCAUUCAACGAAUCCGUUGUCAACAGUUCCAUAAUGAAUCGGACGUUUACCGACGAGGAAUUCGAAAACUUUCCAUCUGAAAAGAUCUUCGGAAUGAUAAAAUACUUACGACGAGAGAAGGAGCUAGCGGUCACUCAAUUGGAAGUUCUUACCAUCGAAAAUACUCGCCUUUCCGCUGAAUUGGACAUGCUGAAGAAUAGGGUGAAUGAACUCACUAGUCGACUAAAUUCCGAUUCACUAACAUCAUCGAUAAAUAACUUUGAACUGUCAGCUGAAUACGAAGAGCUUCGCCGUGCGGCAGGGACAUUGAAUGCGGUGACAGACAGCAACAUUCUUUUACGAUCGGAAAAUCAGGAUCUCUGUCAUCAAGUUGAAGAUCUGGCUGAAAAAAGAGCCAGACUGGAAGGGGAACUGCAGAUGUUGCAAGCCAAGAACAGUGCGCUCGUUGAGUCAGAAGCAAAAAUGGUUCAGGAGAACAAAGUGCUGCGAGGGAAUGUCAAUAAGUUAAAAAUCAACGAAAUUUGUCUGGGAAGAGAUUUGAAGCAAUUGGCCUCAGAGAAAGAACGUCAACGGCAAGCUACCGAAGAACUAAAUUCGAUUAGAGCUGAAUUGACUGCCGAGAAAGAAAAGGAACAACAAGCAACCGUAGCAAUGAAUUUGAUGAAAGCUGAGAAGGCUCGUCUGGAACAAGACAUUGAAUCAAAGUGUAAGCACAUGGAGACUCUUGACGGCCAUCGAAAGAAACUGAUGCAAAAAACCUCGAAGCUGGAGGAGGCGCUACAGGAGUCUAAGGAACAACUGAAACUAUCCGCGGAAAGUGAACUUAGAGCCAAAAACGAAGCGAAAUAUUUUAAGAAUCAGUGUCUGGCACUGCGAUCAGAGUACAAAAAAGAUUCGAACAACGAACUGAACCCCGAACUGCUGAAAAAUGUUGUUACGUCAACAGAAACUGUUUCAUCAGCUACCACUUCGCUGAAGAAACAACCAAGCGGCUUAAAGCGUCCACGAGAUAGCGAUGCAGUUCUGCCGAUCGAUACGAAAGUUUCGUCUGGAGUUGUCAAAGUGUCACCACUGUCGAAGCGAACACGUUUACAACGAGGUUGUGAAGCCGUUACAUCGAAAAACAAUUUAGAAGAAAGCAUCAACGAUGAGAAUGGUGAAACCGCACAGGAUGAUGAAGUGGCGUUGUUGCCUGGAGCACAACAAUCUAUUGUCGAUGGGAAUGCAGACGAAACGGGUGAUAGCGAAUCUGCAACCGUAGUUGGUGACGAUUUGAUCAGCGAAGUCGAGUCGGUUGAUAGUGGAAGAGUGUCGGCCGAUUUAACAGUGGAUUCAGAAGAAUUCCAGCUCGGUCGCAUCCGGAGGACUUCUUCUCGCACAGAAGCACGUCGUGGACGCAGUCGAUUGAGUCAAUGAGAAAAUCACUUCCAGUUGGGCCUAUUUCCUUAUUGGAUUUCUUCAGCAAAUUUUAUUAAUUUUCGGUGGCAGAUAUCACCGAUCAAUUCGAAUUUAACUUAAUUUUUACCAAUGAUGUAAAUAAUUAUCAAUAGCUUGGAUUACAACAUUUAAAUUUCUUUAAACACGAACUUAAAUAUUUGAUGAAAAGAAAUGUGUUGAGGAAUUGAAAA